AUGCGCGUCUUAUGGCUUCCAAGCGUGCUGGUUGUGAUCGCCGUUGCCGAACUUCCUGACGACUUGGACUCGUUUAUGGAGAAACUCUUCGACACUGAAAAAUGUGGGUGAGCGAGAGGUUGCCCGGAAUCUGAGGACGAUACGAUUCUAUAGGUGAGGAGUUUAUUUCAUCCGGCGAGUUCAACAUCAUUGCCACUUCAAAAUGUGACCCUUUCACUUGCGAUUUUCCCCGGCAAGUCUGCGCAAGACCGUCGGCCAAGUUCCAAGACUCUUCCUCCAACGUCUGUCGGACUAUUCCACACGAGGUACCGCUUGCUCUGUCAUUCAUCUCAUAAUUUUGCCGGAGAACGAAAGAAAAUCCUGUACUUGUAUAAAUGAUCCAACUAGCCACUAAGAAGUCUUCAGUUAGUCAAAAAAACUCUUGGGAUAUCUACAGAAAAAUUUCAAUUUUUUUCAACUCGUUCACUUAGACACCUGGAUAGCGUUUUUCACAAUGUUAAAAACCAUAUGUGAAUGUCGAAAAAUCUUAAAAAUCCAUCCACGUAUUCUUUUCAAUCCAUUUGCAGUGUUUGACGGAAGCAAAUGGAGGCGUCCUCCCAGUUGGUCCGCCACUGCUUCUCACUACGACAGUAUCGCCAGCGGUUCCCAAGCUCGGAGGUGGCUUCUCGAACCUUGGAUCUGGCGACAAAGGCCCGAAAAGUUGGUCUUCUACGGUUUCAUUGUUUUGGUUGUAAGCCACAGACGCUGCGGCGGCUGCGAUUUCCAGUUUUGUCUCAACGAAUCGAUCUCUGUUUUUGCAUGAAGCCGUUGCAAAGAAAGACACAAAGACGAUGACUCAUUUACAGUGGUGACAAUAGCGCCGCCGCCAAGUCCUCUGUCGAUUUGCCAAAUGGAUGCACCGACAGGACGUUUCUGCGGCUUCCGCCCGAUGUUCACUUACAAUAAAGUAAAAUUCAGAGUUUUUUCCGAUGAAUUUGGGGUGACAGGAGACGUUGCAAUGCGACGAAUUUUGGUUUCCCGGCUGUCGGACAGUCGAAACCAACGCCAACCUUUUCGACAACUACCAUGACUGCCUCAAAGUUGUCGAGAUGUGCCGCCGUGAGUGAAAUUACUUUGAAGGCUCUACAGUUUGUUAUUGUGCUCAAAUCAUAACAUCAGCAAAGUCCGCAAAAACUUAUGCGUAAGUCUUAGAGUUGAAAACGGCUAAAUAAUCUAUUGAUAAAAUUUUUCUUUUCUUUGAUGAAGGUUUAUAUUCGCUAUUGAUCGUGCGACAUAAAAUAUUCCAUGAUACAAAACAAACUUUCAAAAAGGUAGGAAAAGAGAAUCCUUUAAUAAAAUUGAGAAAUCAACCAAAAAAAAUCUUUCCUACUUUGUCUGCUACACUUUCUAGCUAUUCAUUGCAGCAACUCCGACGCCUCCACCUCCUCAACGUCCGUUGCUGCCACCGAUGAGCGGCGGCUGGAACUCCGGAGGACGUAUCGAAAGACCUCCAGCGCCGCCCCCGACUCCCCCGCCACCGGUUAACUCAGGACAAUCGCUGAUAGUCGAUGCUUUGAGCGGGCUCACUGGCGGUAGCAGUGGCGGAGGCGGCAAUCCAAUCGGCCUUGGAGCUCUCGGAAUGUUCACUGGCAGUGGCCUAGGUCCAACCGGUCAAGGUCCAUUUGGGAACUUUGUCCCUCAAGGCACCUCACAGCCAGCACCUUUGCCACAGACAACCGGAGGAGGUGCAGGUGGCGACGAGGAUUUGGGCCUUUUUGGACUCAUCCAACAAGGUCUCAUGGGAGCACAGGCUAUGAAACCUGGUCAAGGUAACAAGCAACAAGCUGCUCAGGCCGCCGGCAAGAUCCUCGAGCAAUUCACCGGUUUCGAUCUUAAUAACUUUGGAGGAAAUUUCGGCAACAUCUUCAAUGGAUAG